CUUGAAAUUUGGCCGGGGUGUCCGUAGCCUAGGAAACGGGUGUAGCUACAAGACAACAACAUUGAUAAGUCAUUUAUUAUCGUGUUACAUAAAAAUUGGCAAAAGUACCUGUAAAUAGAAUAAAUAUUAGUAAUAUUAUCUUAAUUGUGAGUAAAAUAAUCAUAGGAACUAUGAUGAUUUUGACAGUUCGAGGUAUGGAUGGCAGACUUUGAGUGCGCCGGCGACGAAGUUCUGGUGGAGUCGUCGCCGCCUGCCUCGCCCGACAUGGCAGCGCGGCUUGCGGCUCCUACCCAGGGCGGUGGCGCGGGCGGCGCUGCCUCGCCGACCUCCGUGCGUGAGCUCAUCGUCAUACCGGAAAUACCCGACUCCAUGCAUUUGCAGCACGCUAUGCAACAGGUAAAUAUGGUAUCGAGUACGGUGGUUGAGGUGAAUGGCGACAGUUCUGGUCACUCCAGCCCCACAACUGACGGCCAGCACACCUACAUCACGGUGUCUAGCGAAUGUGAGGGGGGAAAUGGUGUUAACUAUCACGUGCAAUAUGUCACCGAGCCGCAGGAGAUCUACACACAAGGACAUCCAACGCAUAUGGAUCCCCUACGCUCGUACCCUGUGUACGGCGUGACGACGGUCGGCAAUGGUACCAGUGCUGAAGGUACUUCUACUGACAACGGAUGGGGAGGAGCCUCCUCCGCCGAGUACACUGCCUAUGGCGUUGUGGUGGCAGGCGACGAGGCGGAGGCGCCAGCGUCCCCCGCGACGCCAGGGGGCGGCGCCCCGCAACCCCCACGGAUGCCUCCCGCCACCGUGCAGUGGCUGCUCGACCACUACGAGACCGCCGACGGUGUGUCGCUGCCCCGGUCAACAUUGUACGCGCAUUACCUCCGGCACUGCGCCACGCAUCGCCUUGAACCAGUCAACGCGGCCUCCUUCGGCAAACUCAUUAGAUCAGUCUUCUUAGGCUUACGCACUCGAAGACUAGGUACUAGAGGAAACUCCAAGUACCACUACUAUGGGAUCCGAGCAAAACCCGGCGUGGAACAUGAGCCCAUCGAGCCCCGGGAUGAAAUCAGUGACCAACAUGAUAAUGUCGACGAUAAAACUGACGUGCUCGAUCAUCAGGAGGGCAGGUCCCGCGAUCGGUCCAGGGACUCUACGAGCAGUCCCGGGCACGCUCACCGCCAGUACAUGGGCACCGUGUCGCCGCCCGAACCUCCGCCGCUCAACAUACACCCGCUGCCUGAAGACGUGUCGCCUGAAGCCUUGAAUGCGCUGAGGAGGCAUCAUAGAGAGCACGGCGCGGAGCUGCUGGAGGCGGUGGCGGCGCUGGACACCGGCGCCGUGGAGCGCGCGCGCCGCGCCUUCUGGCGGCGGGGCGGCGGCGGCGGCGGGGGGGACACGCUGUGCAGGCGCGCGCUGUGGCGGCUGGGCGCGCGCCGCGACGUGGCGGGCUGGCUGCGCGCCGCCGACCUGCAGCUCUACCAGCGCGCCGUCGACCUGCUGCUGCCCGACGUACUGCGACCCAUCCCGCCACAACUCACGCAGGCUAUCCGCAACUUCGCGAAGAGUUUAGAAGGCGCGCUGGCGCUGGGCGCGGGAGGCGCGCCGGCAGCCGCCGCGCGGGCCCAGGCAGCCGCCGCCGCCGCGCUGGCCGCCGCACUGCGACGAUACACCUCGCUCAACCAUCUCGCGCAGGCCGCGCGCGCCGUGCUCAACAACCACCACCAGAUACACCAGGUACCCACCACACCUACACCUCGCUCAACCAUCUCGCGCAGGCCGCGCGCGCCGUGCUCAACAACCACCACCAGAUACACCAGGUACCCACCACACCUACACCUCGCUCAACCAUCUCGCGCAGGCCGCGCGCGCCGUGCUCAACAACCACCACCAGAUACACCAGGUACCCACCACACCUACACCUCGCUCAACCAUCUCGCGCAGGCCGCGCGCGCCGUGCUCAACAACCACCACCAGAUACACCAGGUACCCACCACACCUACACCUCGCUCAACCAUCUCGCGCAGGCCGCGCGCGCCGUGCUCAACAACCACCACCAGAUACACCAGGUACCCACCACACCUACACCUCGCUCAACCAUCUCGCGCAGGCCGCGCGCGCCGUGCUCAACAACCACCACCAGAUACACCAGGUACCCACCACACCUACACCUCGCUCAACCAUCUCGCGCAGGCCGCGCGCGCCGUGCUCAACAACCACCACCAGAUACACCAGGUACCCACCACACCUACACCUCGCUCAACCAUCUCGCGCAGGCCGCGCGCGCCGUGCUCAACAACCACCACCAGAUACACCAGGUACCCACCACACCUACACCUCGCUCAACCAUCUCGCGCAGGCCGCGCGCGCCGUGCUCAACAACCACCACCAGAUACACCAGGUACCCACCACACCUACACCUCGCUCAACCAUCUCGCGCAGGCCGCGCGCGCCGUGCUCAACAACCACCACCAGAUACACCAGGUACCCACCACACCUACACCUCGCUCAACCAUCUCGCGCAGGCCGCGCGCGCCGUGCUCAACAACCACCACCAGAUACACCAGGUACCCACCACACCUACACCUCGCUCAACCAUCUCGCGCAGGCCGCGCGCGCCGUGCUCAACAACCACCACCAGAUACACCAGGUACCCACCACACCUACACCUCGCUCAACCAUCUCGCGCAGGCCGCGCGCGCCGUGCUCAACAACCACCACCAGAUACACCAGAUGCUAGCGGACUUGAACCGCGUGGACUUCCGCGUGGUCCGCGAGCAGGCCGCCUGGGCGUGCUCCUGCGGUAGUGCUGCCACGGCGCACAAACUCGAGGCCGACUUCAAGAGAAAUACUGAGGAUUGUGAUAUGUCGGUGAAUGGGUGUGAUGUAGUGUGGUGUGUGCAGGCGACGUUGGGUCGCGGCGCGUCGCUGGAGCAGUGGGCGGCGUGGCUGGAGGGCUGCGUGCUGGCCGCGCUGGCUGAGGAUUGUGAUAUGUCGGUGAAUGGGUGUGAUGUAGUGUGGUGUGUGCAGGCGACGUUGGGUCGCGGCGCGUCGCUGGAGCAGUGGGCGGCGUGGCUGGAGGGCUGCGUGCUGGCCGCGCUGGCUGAGGAUUGUGAUAUGUCGGUGAAUGGGUGUGAUGUAGUGUGGUGUGUGCAGGCGACGUUGGGUCGCGGCGCGUCGCUGGAGCAGUGGGCGGCGUGGCUGGAGGGCUGCGUGCUGGCCGCGCUGGCUGAGGAUUGUGAUAUGUCGGUGAAUGGGUGUGAUGUAGUGUGGUGUGUGCAGGCGACGUUGGGUCGCGGCGCGUCGCUGGAGCAGUGGGCGGCGUGGCUGGAGGGCUGCGUGCUGGCCGCGCUGGCUGAGGAUUGUGAUAUGUCGGUGAAUGGGUGUGAUGUAGUGUGGUGUGUGCAGGCGACGUUGGGUCGCGGCGCGUCGCUGGAGCAGUGGGCGGCGUGGCUGGAGGGCUGCGUGCUGGCCGCGCUGGCUGAGGAUUGUGAUAUGUCGGUGAAUGGGUGUGAUGUAGUGUGGUGUGUGCAGGCGACGUUGGGUCGCGGCGCGUCGCUGGAGCAGUGGGCGGCGUGGCUGGAGGGCUGCGUGCUGGCCGCGCUGGCUGAGGAUUGUGAUAUGUCGGCGACGUUGGGUCGCGGCGCGUCGCUGGAGCAGUGGGCGGCGUGGCUGGAGGGCUGCGUGCUGGCCGCGCUGGCUCCCCACGAGCGUCGCCCCGACUACACAGCGCGCGCCCGCCGCCUGUUGUUGGACUGGUCCUUCUACUCCUCGCUUGUCAUACGGGAACUCACGCUCAGGUCCGCGGCAUCGUUCGGGUCGUUCCACCUGAUCCGCUUGCUGUACGACGAGUACGUGUCGUACCUCAUCGAGCGCCGCGUCGCCGCGCACCACAACGCGCCGCCCAUCGCCGUCAUGCAGCGCGCGUUCGAACAACCAGAGGAAGAAGAUGUACCAGAGGAACCGCCUCGCGCUGACCCUGAGGAUGACGAGCAGGACUGGGAGUGGGACGACGAUGAGGAGGAGGACGACGAACCUCCCGAGAUCAAGAAACAAAAGAUGGCAGCUGAGUAAGAUACACUACGUAUAUACUGAACGAGAGACACACGACAUUCUGAAUAAGGUAAUAGAAAUAUAGACCUUAUUGGAUUACAAUAUGUAUUUAUAUUUUAGAAAUCAAUUUCUCCCAUUAUAAUAUGUUGCGUGGCGUAACAGCUUUUUGGU